GCGGCGGCGGGGAGGAGGAGGCGGAGACGAGCGGCGCGGCGGGCGGGCGGGCGAGCGGCCCCGGCGUGCGGAAUCACUCGAGGCCCAGGCGGAGCGAGGGGAUCGCGGCUCCCCGUGAAGAAUGUCAGCCACCAGCGUCGAUCAGAGACCUAAAGGACAGGGAAAUAAAGUUUCAGUACAGAACGGUUCGAUUCAUCAAAAGGAUGCAGUAAAUGAUGAUGAUUUUGAGCCAUAUCUAAGUAGUCAGACAAAUCAGAGUAACAGCUAUCCACCAAUGUCAGACCCAUAUAUGCCUAGUUAUUAUGCUCCAUCCAUUGGAUUUCCAUACUCUUUAGGCGAAGCAGCAUGGUCAACUGCAGGUGACCCUCCAAUGCCAUACUUGACAACUUAUGGACAGAUGAGUAAUGGUGAACAUCAUUACAUACCUGAUGGUGUAUUUAGUCAACCUGGGGCAUUAGGAAACACCCCUCCGUUUCUUGGGCAGCAUGGAUUUAAUUUUUUUCCUGGGAAUGCAGACUUCUCUACAUGGGGGACGAGUGGAUCUCAGGGACAAUCAACGCAAAGCUCUGCUUACAGCAGCAGCUAUGGCUAUCCACCUAGUUCUCUUGGGAGAGCCAUAGCAGAUGGACAGGCUGGAUUUGGCAGUGAUACUCUGAGCAAGGUGCCUGGGAUUAGCAGCAUUGAGCAAGGCAUGACUGGACUGAAAAUUGGUGGAGAUAUGACAGCUGCUGUAACAAAAACUGUAGGUUCAGCUCUGAGCAGUACUGGUAUGACAAGUAUUGCAGCCAACAGCGUGCCCCCAGUUAGCAGUUCAGCACCUAAACCAACCUCGUGGGCUGCCAUUGCAAGGAAGCCUGCUAAACCUCAGCCGAAACUCAAGCCUAAAGGUAAUGUGGGCAUUGGGGGCCCUGCUGUACCACCACCACCUAUAAAACACAACAUGAAUAUUGGAACUUGGGAUGACAAGGGGUCAGUAGUAAAAGCUCCCCCAGCCCAACCAGUACUGCCUCCUCAGACCAUAAUCCAGCAGCCUCAGCCAUUAAUUCAACCACCAACACUGGUGCAAAGCCAACUGCCUCAACAGCAGCCUCAGCCACAGCAACCACAACAGCAACAAGGACCUCAGCAGCAGGCCCAGCCUCACCAGUUGCAGCAGCAGCAGUUGCAAAACCGCUGGGUAGCGCCUCGUAACAGGGGUGUGGGCUUCAGCCAGAACAACGGAGCUGGCAGUGAAAACUUUGGUUUAGGUGUUGUAUCCGUCAGCUCCUCACCUUCUGGUGUGGAAGUGCACCCAGUGCUGGAGAAACUAAAGGCCAUAAACAACUACAAUCCCAAAGACUUCGAUUGGAACCUGAAGAAUGGACGUGUGUUUAUAAUCAAAAGUUAUUCAGAGGACGAUAUUCAUCGCUCCAUUAAGUACUCUAUCUGGUGUAGUACUGAACAUGGUAAUAAGCGCUUGGAUGCUGCUUACCGUUCCUUGAAUGGAAAAGGCCCGCUCUAUUUACUCUUCAGUGUGAAUGGCAGUGGACACUUUUGUGGAGUGGCUGAGAUGAAGUCUGUUGUGGACUACAAUGCAUAUGCUGGCGUCUGGUCUCAGGAUAAGUGGAAGGGCAAGUUUGAUGUCAAAUGGAUCUUUGUCAAAGACGUUCCCAAUAACCAACUGCGGCAUAUUCGCUUGGAAAACAAUGACAACAAACCAGUUACCAAUUCGAGGGACACUCAAGAAGUACCCCUAGAAAAAGCCAAGCAAGUGCUUAAAAUAAUUGCUACUUUCAAGCAUACCACCUCAAUCUUUGAUGACUUUGCACAUUAUGAAAAGCGUCAAGAAGAGGAGGAAGCCAUGCGUAGGGAGAGGAAUAGAAACAAACAAUAACUGUAUGGAGAUAUCCUGCUAGAAUUACAACACUAAUGAUGUAGACUCUGGAAAUGCCUAAUAUGUCUAAGAAGACGUUAUUAAAGCUUUUUUCUGCUUAAGGUGACAUCUUUGAACACUUUAACACGAAAUUGACUCUUCUUGUAAUGGUUCUCAUCAGUGCAUCUGCCCUUAUACUCUCUCACCAAACACACUUGAGAACUGUACCUUCGUCAAGCACUUUCUGUCCUGAAGCUUUUACCAGUAUCUGCUGUCUUUUGUAUUUAUGCAUCCUAGCUAAGGCACAGGAGACUGAACGAAUGCAAGGAUUCAUUAACUCUUUGAAUUUGUUAAAUACUAACAUUUAACCAUUAGAAGUGGUUCAAUGAUGUGAGAUUCACAUUGCUUCAACUUAAUUUUUUUUCUUUGUAGUUUUUUUAAUUGUCAGAUUUUAGCUAUUCAACAGAUUAAAAGCAAAUCAUGCCAUAUUUAGUCCUGGAGUAAAACUCAAGUCUAAAUGUUCAUGUGAAAAUUAUUGUAGUAAUCUUUUAAAAUGGCAAAGCAACUUUAAGCUGCAGUUUAGCCAAAUGAAACGUAACAUAAAAUUAUAUUAGAAUGACAUUUCCCUUGUUUCAAACUGUUUGGUGUAAGAGAAUAUUAAUAUGCAGCUUGGUGGACACCACCUGUUAAUGCACAUUUCUUUAUUUUUUUUCUGUAACAUGUAUACUGAAAAAAGUGCAUUUGUCUGAGGAACUGUUUGUUUGCUACCACUCAAUGAAUCUCAGUUUUGAGUAAAUGUACCUCAGUCUAAAUCAGACUUUUUAUGACCUUUAUAACUACAUUUAAAAUCUUUAAUUCCUAUUUCUGGGUGUUUGCAAGCCUGACAGAUUGCUAUCAUGAAAGUGAAAAUUUACUCCUCUAGGUGAUUCACUAGCUAAAUAAACAUAAUUCUUGUUUAGCAAGCAUAUACUGUUCUCAAAGUUUUUUGUUUCAUUUUCCCAACAUUGAGGUCUUUUCCCCUGUCUACUGUUAAAAAUAUUGGAGAAAAAAAAAAACAACCCUUGAUCCAUGGAGAAGACAUAGCCAUUUUGUCAAGAUUUUUGUUAGAAAACAAGGAAUUUUAGAAUACAUAUUAAACUGUUUACUGCUCUACUAGCUUUUAACUCCUCAAAUUGUAUCCUUUGUUUCAGUUUAUGUAGCCACACACAUUCUAUCUUCUGGAAGAGAAUAUUAGAAAAAUGUUAAGCAGGUGUAUUGACUGUAUGAAAUACUGAACAGCCUGUACCAAACUCCAUGGAUAGCUUUCUCUUUUUAGAAAGACAGUGUAGAAGUCAGAUAUGUUAUAGCUUAAAAUAGCAAUACGGCGUAUUAUUUGGACGUUUCAUGUCUUAAUGUCCAGCACAGAUGUUUAUAUUGUUUUGAGCCCUUCAUUUACAGAUUCUGGUAAUCAAAGUUCUGAAGCUUAACUGGUAUAACUUUGUUUUGAAUACAGACUAUUUUGCUGGAUUUUAGUUUUUCUCUUCUCAGGCCCCAGCUCUCUUCUGACUUGCAUAUACAAAACAGUCAAUACAUGCUAUUUCUUACUCAUUAUUUUAAAUACUUGAGAAUGAGGAGUAGCAGAUCUUAAUUUUUACUGCUUGUUUUCUGCAAACUCAGAAGGGAAGCCGCUUUCAUAUUUUGGAAAGAAUCUCACUUAAAUGCAGAUUAGGUGAGGAAGGGAAAGGCUAAGCUCUUAUUAUGUGAGGAAACUAGGAGAGAGUUUUCAAGUCCCAAACCUUACGAAAUUGGCUUGAGCCCCCAAAUCCCUGCUUCCCUGUUUUUGUUUCUUGCUAACAAAUUUUGUAGGUAUUUGUUUCCCUCUGUUGGCUGACCUAUGGAUUACUGCCUGUUAUUCCAACUGUGACUGAUCAUUUGAAGUGGCAAAAAUCAAUAUUCAAAGAAUGUAGUCCUUCUGAUAAUCCUUCAAGGGAUCAGCAUGCUUCUACUUCUUUGUUGCAAAAAUAUCAGGAAAAUGCACAGAUGUUUCCAGUUAAAAGAAAGCUACUGUUAGUCAGGUAUUCAGGAUUCAAUUGCAUGUGCAACCUUACUUUGCUUCUGCUGCACUAUUCAUAUUUUUGCAGACUUAAAGUAUUUCCUGCUUUACCCCUUGCCUCUUUUAUUCUAUAGCAUGAGCAUUGCUCUGGGAUUGAAUCAGGCUUAGAAUAAAAUGAGUUUGUUACUUUGCAGACUUUGAAAGCUUGGCAAAUGAGAAGGGAUUGUAACAGAAGGAGGUGAUCACAUUUAGAGAGCUGUGACAGUUCUUAUGCUGUUCCAGGAUUGUUAGUUGAUCUACAAAUAGAAGAGUUUAAUUGCUGAUGGUAUUAGUCAUGUUGUGACCGACUUGCAGACUGCUGAGAGUUUAGUAUGUGCAGCUGAAAUUAAAAGGAGUUUUAUGUGCAUAUAAAGUGCUGUAAAAAUAGUAUAUACCAUUGUAAUAUACAGCUGUGGAGUGCUGUACUGGUUAAUGGACACAUGACACUGCUAGCCUUCAGCUUCCUUAUGCACGAGCUAUUUUCCUCCAGAAAGAAAAGGAAUGGUGCUUAAUAUCUCGAAUAAAUGUAGAAAUACUUUUUUGGUCUCUUUUUUUUUUUUUUCCGAUACAGUGAAGCUGUGUUAAUGGCUGCUUGCUAACAGUGAAGUUGGUAGAACCCCACUUCUGUUCCUGAUUCUACCUCCUUUGUGUCAGCAUUUGUUUUUCUGCAGUCCAUACUGAAUCAGUUAAACCAGUAGAAAAAUUCUUAACUGUCUGAAUAGUGAGGUUAAACAUUUAUGAGGGAGACGGUGGGAGAGAAAGGAAGAGAAGGCUUUUCCUUUCAGGAGCAAUGCUGAACAGGCACUGCUGCAUUGUAACUACAUGCUCACCAGUUGAUAAACCAUAUACAGUAGUAUUGUGAAAACUGCAGAUGACUGCCCUCCUCCCGCCCCCCCUCCAAAAAACCCAAAAAGCUGUUCUUAGUGUAAGAUUUUGUUAGCAUGCAGUGAAAUAAGAUGUUAUUGCACCUCUAGUGCAGAAAGGAAGGUAAAAAUGCUGAGUAUUUUCCAUUUUGAAUACUUUUCCCACUUUAAACACAUCUGACAAGUCAUAGAGAAAGGAUUGCUGAAAGACUUGACCUGCCUUAUUGUACAAAUUGAGACAAAUCAAUGCUGUGUGAGCUUUGCUAAUCUUUGAGUAUGUCUUGUCUUUGUAACAUCAGCAUCUUUAACGUAGGGGGUUUUUUGGUGUUUGACAAGAAAUAAACCCUGUCAAUUGAAUGCUCAGGUUGCUGACUUAAGCAAAACAUAGGUGCUACUUUAUUAUUAAAAGACUUGGAUUGGGAAAACCUCAAUAUUCACAGCUAGACAGAAUUCACUGCUUCAUGUCUUUUGUUUUUCUAGGCUUAAUUUUAUCAAGUACCAUUUCUCUGUACAUCCUCUUGCUUUUUUCUCCUUGGAUACUCUGACAGUUUCAAAGCACUGUCUGCAAAGUUUAGAUGCAAAAGCCCCUUGCCAAAAUCAUUUUCAUCCCAGACAAAUCCACCAAACAUGGUGAGCUUUUUAGUCAAGUGCAAAAAAAAGAAAAACACCUUGGUGUAUAGGAGAAAGUAUAUUAGUUAUUUUUCAUUACUUAGUCAAAAUUCUGUUUUGAAGUUACUUUCUAUGCAGUACAAGUAUUUCCACACCUGAAAUAUGUUCUUUUAAACAAAUUCUUUUGAUUUCAGAGCAUCUUUUUCCUAUUUGAAACUGCCAAUUUCACUGAAAACAUUGAAGCAACAGUGUUUAGAAUUCCGUAAAUAGCAGUUACCUUUGUUUUGGCCCUUUUGCAGCUAAGUUUCUGAAAUUAUUGUUAGUUCUUUCACAAGAAGAUAUUUAAAUAUUUGAGAUGAUUCUAGUAGAGUGUGAAAAUUCAGUGUGGAGCAUCUAAUUUUUUGCUGCACUCAUUUUUAAAUAAGUAAUCCCAGGCAUUCAAAUAUAAGUAACUCUUUAUGAAGAAAUGACUGUCAUGUGGUUUUCAAAGCCAUUUGAACUAAUUCUUGCUGCCAUUUUAUAUUAUGGAACUACACUCCUACUUUUUAUGUCUUUAUUCUUUUGACAGGUGGAGGUCAAUAUAGUUUAAUGAUAAAUUGAGAGAAUAAGAGAAGUUCUAUUCAGUUGCAAGAGAAGCUGGUUUACAUUUUUGUUUUGAUAUAAAUUAGCGUACAAUAACUUAAAUGAAAAUCUUGCAUGACAAUUGACAAUUUGAUCUUAAUUUUUUUUUUUUUGAAACUUUCAGUGAAAGUAACCUCUUCAUGUUCUCAUUUAAUCUAUUUUCAGCCUGGCAUGUAAGCUGUAGUUUGUGGGAGAGGAAUGAAUUAUUCCGUGAGUUGUAGGAAACUUAAGUAAAGUUUGGCUUCAUUUAAAACUAUAAUACUAGUGUACAGCUGACAUGUUUUCAUCAAAGCAUCUGUUCUAUAUUGUCUAUUCUACUUUAUAUACUUGAAUAAAGUGCAUUUGAAUAUGGUGAAUACUGGCCUUUGAGUUCGUGAAGUUAAAUUUCUAACUAUUCCAGACUUUUGACAGUAUUUAACUUCCCAUAAAAAUCCAGAAAUGUUAAUUAUAUAUAUAUAUAUACUCAUUGUUCAGGGAUCUCUAAGCCAAAUGCUACUAAUAACACAUGUAAUAUUUGUUUAUUAAUGUUCCAUUAUAUGCAUAAUGUUUGUUACCAUUUAUCUAACCUAGUCCUUCUCCAGAUGUAGAAGUCUGACAAUAGAAGUCAGGCACAAGUUGGAUGUCUCUUCCAGUUUCCCUCUGCAUUGCACAAGGAACAUCUGCCAUAAUUCAAGCAGAGAGCAUAACUGGGUUGGUCUUCAAGUAUCUUCCUCCAGAAUUUCACUCUUAGUUAGACCUUUAGGAAGCAAUGAAUUUCUUUCUUCCAUCUAAGUAAGCAUUCCUUUCCAUUUCCCCAUUCCUUUUGGGAUGACUCCAGUGUCUGCUGCUACCUUGGGAAGCGUGGUCAUGGAUGCUUUUUCUGAAAUUCACAAAAAUGUUCCCGACUCAGUGAUUUCCCUUUGGUUUGUUUUAGUCUGUUUGCCAGAGGAAUUGCUAAAUUCGGUUUCCCACCUGGUGAAGGCCAAUCUUUUUAAUCUAACUCCACAGUACGUUCUUUUGGAAGGUGGAGAGAGGUGUUGUUUCAUUCAAAUUUUGAAGAGCAUAUAUUAUUUCCAUGUAAGGAUCUGCCCUGGUUGUUUCUUUGAAUUUUAGGGAUGGUGAUAACUGAUGUGUUAACAGUGGGAGUUGAUAAAACUGUUUGCAUAUCCUCUGUGCAUCUAUGGUUGUCAUCCUAAUACUGAAUUUAUUUCCUUUGCCUGUAAGAUUAGUUUGUAAAACUUGAGGAACUUUUCUUUUUUGUUUUUAAUUUCAUCCACUCAGGCUAUAACAUUUCAUCUGCCUGCACGAGUUGAUGUGCGUUUUGAGAAUGAAGUGGAUGUUCAUGUAAUAUGAAACAAAAUACUCUACACUGAUGAUUGUAUUUUAAGUUGAGCUUGUGGGCUUUCAAAUAAACACGCUGUCUGUGUCCUCGUACAUGAAACGUUAUACUUUAACCUUGAACUCUGAAUUGAUGCAUCUUUUCUUUCUUGUUCUGCAAACAUCUCAACCUCAUAUGUUUAAAACCCAGAAGCCCUUGUUUUAUGCUUAGUCCAGGAAUAAAAAUAUCUAGGCUAAGCAAGAUAAGGGAGGUUUAGCUUUAGUUUGGGCUGAACUCACACAUUUCAACAAAAUGGUAAGAUAAAAGGUUGUGGGUCUUUAAUCAUUUACUGUAAUUAUAUAUCUACUGUAAAAAAAAAAAAAAAGAAAAAAAAACCCUCAAAACAUUUUGCAGACAUUAACAUAUGCAGCUGCUGUUUAAUAAUAGCCAAAAAUCUUCAGUAUUUACAUCAGUUCAGUGUAGCAGCUAUGUAAAUGAUGGAAGGACUGAGAUCUUUUUCUAAGCAUACAGAAUUUUUAAAUUGGUUAAAAUUCAGAUGUUUCUUUCUUGCGACUGGGAUAUUUUGGAUGUGAAAUCUUCCCCUCUUCAGCUAGUCCUCUAGAAAAUGUUACUACUAAAUUCUUUAUUUUUUAAACAUAAAAGGCUGCCAACUUAUUUUACAACUGCUUAACUGGUUUGCAGCUUAGUUCUCAUGAGAUGCUUCACUGGGUCUUGUGAGUGUGGUGCUUCAUCAGAAAAUGUGUAAAAUUGUAUUUAAAAUCUUCAAGUUAAUGUAAAUUAAUUGCUAUUAACUUGAGCUGUAUUCCACUUCAUAUUUUAAUAUUAUGCUUGGUCUUUCCAUUGUAUUUAACGUCCUCUUUAAUUUCAGCAAUACCAUAUGCAGAACAAUUUGGAGAAGUUUUUAGUUCCAGAAACUUAUGCUUAUUUUAAAUGUUAAUAAAUAACUAUCUUACGUGCCCCUUGGGUUUCCAGUGAGUACUGAUGAUUUCGUGGCAAAUUAAAAGGUCAAAGAUAGAGAACAGGAACACUUGUCCUGGGAAGUGGAUAAAAUGCUGGAGUACCACAGUGAACUGCUCUUCAAGAUGAAGAACGUUAGACACGUGAAAUAGUGCUGUGGAGUUCAUUAUUCACUCAUGCUUCAGUCUUCUCACAUGCUGGAAAAACUUUCUGAGCAAAGAAUUAAAAUAUAGUAAGUACAAAUAGAAUACCUUCCUACAGUUGAACUCCUAAUUUAGUCUGGUUGUCUCCUUUGUUUAUCUCGUAAAGCACUUCCACUUUUCUCUCAGUGUGAUGAUUUUGGUCUUGGAUUUAGUAUUGGAACUCCAGUAUAAAGUUCCCUGCUUUUACAUGUCCUUUAAAUAAAUUGUAUUUUUACUGAGGCUUUGAAGGUUAAUGGUGUUCUGUAUAGGGCAUGGCCUGUCCCCGUCUAUUUGCAAAAAGCUGCCAUUGGUGUUUUUUAGACUUCCUCCUGAUUUCAUGGUCGGUGAUGUUUCUAUUUUUGCUUAUGUUGAGUUGCUCAUCUAUUCAAAUAUUAUUGCUUUUCAAGUACUAGUGUAGUUCUACAAAUAAUUAUUAGUCUUUGGAGCAGGUUGUAUUGAUAAGUUGCAUCAUUUUUUAGCCUCAUACUAAUUAAAUGAGAAAAUAAUGAAAUAUGAUUAAGAAAUUUCUGUGAUAGUUAUAUUAAAUAAAAACCAAAGGUUUCCCAUACAAACCUGUAUUUUGAACGCAUUCAUCACAGGUCUCUCUUCCAAAUUCUAGCUGGCUUUCCGUCUGUAUGGUGCUAAGUACUUUCCAGGCAGCCUGAAAAAAACUUUUUCUGCUGUAUUAAACUGUGAUAGACUUUGUCACUUAGUAUCUUUAGAUCUAAGAAUGAGAUUGCAACAUAAAUCACAUUGAAGAGCCUUGCCUGCUUUCUCUACAACAAAAAAUUCAAUUGAAAGGACACCUCAACAUUCUACCUUUUCAUGCUUUCCUCCCUUCCUCACAGUUGCUCUAUUCAUACCUGUGGUAUGUAGAGGAAUGAGCUGUUGGUUUAUUUGUUGCAGCAAGUGGGAGAUAUAAUGGGAAGUCUUUCAAGCAAAUUAGAAACAGAUGGAAUUGUGUGAUACUUCCACCUGCAAGAUGCAAAUACACCAAGAAAGUCUGAGGUAAAAGGAAGUUGAAGAAAAACUCUCCAGAUGUAUUCUGAUGUACAAUUCUAGUGAUUACAGAGAAUAAAACACUUGCUCAGUUGGGAGAAGUUCAGAAUGUUUCAAUUUUCUUCAUUCUUUCAUAAUGCUGGAAGGUAUUUCUGAGCCCUUUC